CCAAAAGCCUCUCGCCCCUCCCACCCCUGAUCGAGAGAAAGAGACUGGAAAACUAAAAAUCUACACUUUCUCUGCUAUGUUUUUUAAAAACAAGCAAAGACUGGUGCAAUGCUUCUGUGUAAACGCUCACUAAAACAUAGAGCAACACAGGCCUUCAAGUGCUGUCAUCAUGUCAGAAACAGAGGAAAAAGGAGGGCCACCUGCUGAGGUCAAUGCAGGGGACAGUGCUCUGGGACCCGUGCCCAGUACCACUCAGCAGCAGCAGCAGCAGGGUGGCAUGUCUGUGACUUCUCCUGUGGCCCUUCCUGCCACCACUGUCACCGAGGACGAAGAUGAGAGUGAAGACGAGUCCUAUAUCCUGGAGGAGAGUCCCUGUGGCCGCUGGCAGAAACGCAAAGAGGAGGUGAAUCAGCGUAAUGUUCCUGGAAUAGAUGCUGCUUAUUUGGCCAUGGACACAGAGGAGGGGGUUGAAGUGGUUUGGAAUGAAGUCAUGUUUUCAGAAAGGAAAAACUUCAAAAUUUUGGAGGAGAAGGUGAAAGCGGUGUUUGAUAACCUGAUCCAUUUGGAACAUGCAAACAUUGUCAAGUUUCACAAGUACUGGGCUGACACAAAGGAGAACAGAGCUAGGGUAAUUUUCAUCACUGAAUAUAUGUCUUCUGGGAGUUUGAAGCAGUUUUUAAAGAAAACAAAAAAGAAUCAUAAGACCAUGAAUGAAAAGGCUUGGAAGCGAUGGUGCACUCAGAUUCUGUCUGCUCUUUGUUAUCUCCAUUCCUGUGACCCUCCCAUCAUCCAUGGCAACCUCACGUGCGAUACUAUCUUUAUCCAGCACAACGGGCUCAUUAAGAUUGGAUCAGUUGCCCCAGAUACCAUUAACAACAAUGUGAAAACCUGUUAUGAGGAAAAGAAAAACCUGCACUUCUUUGCACCAGAAUAUGGAGCUGUAGAUGAUGUCUCUACCGCAGUGGACAUUUAUUCUUUUGGCAUGUGUGCCUUAGAGAUGGCCCUGUUGGAGAUUCAGGGAAAUGGAGACUCCUCAUAUGUGUCUCAGGAGGCUAUUAAUAAUGCUAUACAGUUACUAGAGGACCCAUUACAGAGAGAGCUAAUUCAAAAGUGCCUUGAGUGUGACCCGACCACACGACCUACAGCCAAAGAACUACUUUUUAAUCAGGCCCUGUUUGAAGUGCCUCUGCUGAAGUUGUUGGCCGCACAUUGCAUUGUUAGUCACCAACAUGUCAUCCCAGAAAAUGCUCUGCAGGAGCUUACUAAGAACCUGGAUCCAAACCUUGUGAUUGCGGAGACAAAAGAGGAUGUACAGCUAAAGUUUUCACAAUUCCCUGCACUGGAGCUUGAUAAGUUUCUUGAAGAUGUGAGGAAUGGGAUCUAUCCGAUGAUUGCAUUUGGUCUGCCAUGCCCUCAGCAGCCUCAGAAAGAGACCAUCAAAUCUCCAGUCAUCAUUCCUUUGGUCAAAUCACCGACUCCUGAACCUACAGAGCUUGAGAUGAGACGGGUUAUUCAGAUGCAGUGUAAUAUUGAACCAAACGAAGAUGGAGGAAAGUAUCAUCUAACAUUGCUGCUGAAAUUUGAAGACAAACUUAAUAGACAUCUAAGCUGUGACAUGUUACCUCAUGAGGGUGUUGGAGAGUUGACGCUGGAGCUGGUGCAACUGGGCUUCAUCAGUGAGAUGGACCAAAGUAAAGUAGCAUCUCUUCUUGAAGAAACACUGUCUCAAGCUCCUCACUGAAAACUCUUUUGGUCCAGUUAUAUUUAUUUUGUAUAUACUUUUCCACCAGUUUUUUAUCCUUUGGUGCUGUGACCAAAACGUGUUCUCAUUGGCCAUAAAGAAUGUAGCUCCCUCUAGCACAACUUUACUAAAACUGACAAUAUGUCCAUUAGUUCAUGUACAAUCUACCAAAAAUGUGAAUACUGCAUUUUAUUUCAAACUACCAUUUUAAAUUCCCCACAAAAUAAAAAAGGAACAACUUCCAACUGAUUAUUUGCACAGUAGUAGCUGACAUAUUUUGGUCAGCUGCGUUGUAUGCUAUUGAAAUGUUGCCUACAUUGAAAAUUUUAAAAAUUAAAAUUAAUGAUUUUUAAUAGCGAGGAGUGAAUGUUAAAAAAUUGAUGGUUUCUUUAAAAUACUGUGAAUCCAUUUUUACGUAACGCUUAGGUUUUUUUUUUAUAGUUUCCUAUAGCUCCGGCUGGUUUUAUACCAUUUUAAUGCUCCAUAAUGCUGCCUCAUGUGACUCUAUGAGCUUUUCCCAUUAACUUGUUAAAACUGGACAUAGAUGUUUGUGCAUGUUAUAUUUUCACUUUGUUUACAGGCUCCACAGUCAAUGUAUUCCUCAGAUGCAAUUUUGUAUUGGUACUUAACAGGGUGGCAGCAUUUUUCUUUCUUUUUAUGUUUUAUAUCUUCACUUGUUAUGAGCUGGAAAAUUCUCUGUAGCACAAUAUUUUUCCUUUGAGAUGGCGUCUUCUAUUUUCUGAUCUUCCAGACUUGAUCCAUGUAUUAUUUCUUUUUAUUUGCCAGUUGUGAGUGGUACUGUAAUGUGCCUUUUCUUUUAUUUGGGGAGAAGGUGAGAUUGUGAAACCCAAAGACACUCCUUUGAAACCAGUUUGUUGAUUUGAGGGAUAUCUGUUACUUUAUUUUCUGUUACAAUUUCUUUCCUAAUCUUAAAGAUCUUAAAGGAUAAGCGGAGUAUGGCACUUGGUAAAAAGUAUCUUUUUUUUUAUCUUCCCUGUUAUUUAUGACAUGAAUGUCAGUACUUGACUGUAUAUUGGGUACUUUCAGACAGUCAGCUAUAACUGCUCUUACAAAUAAAAGUGUGAAACUGAA